AUGCGGAAAGAGGCACCGAAGAUAUUGAAGGGCGCGGCCUACACGGAGGGUAGCCCGAUAUCGGACGUCUCGCACCACAAGGCCGCCGCCAUCAAGGCGUUCGUUGAGAACCACUACCGCGGCAUGCUGCGUGAGACGCGCAACGGCGGCAGCGCACGGCCGGUCGGGCCGCGGCUGCGGGAACCGUGCGCGGAGGACUUUAUUCUCAUCAAACGCAUCGGCAAAGGAGCCUUUGGCGAAGUGUUCGUCUGCCGCCGCAAGGACGACGACGACAGCGGCCGUCUCUACGCCCUCAAGCGAAUGCGAAAGACGGACAUGAUUCGCAAGAAGCAGAUUGUCCACGUGCGCUCCGAAAAGGACGUGAUGGCGGAGGCUGCCGCGUCGAAUCUGUGGGUGGUGCGGCUCUACCAAAGCUUCCAGGACGAGCAGUACCUCUACAUGGUGAUGGAGUACAUGCCAGGCGGCGACAUGAUCUCGUGGCUGUGCCUGAAGCAGAAGUUCGAUGUGGAGAGUACGCGCUUCUACGUUGCCGAGCUCUGCGCCGCCGUGGCGAGCGUGCACGACAUGUUCUUCGUCCACCGCGACGUGAAGCCUGACAACAUCCUGUUCGACGCUCAUGGGCACAUCAAGUUGACGGACUUUGGCCUGUCGAAGCGGUUCGCGAAGGCGGGCGAGGAGCUGCUGGACUUCGAGGACAGCACCGCCACCGACGGCGUGACGGUCCUGGGCGAGACGCCUCGGCCCGACGCCGCGUCGCCAGCGGAGACGCACGGCGUCGUGCACUUCCGCGACCGCCGAAUGUUCGAGUCCAUCGUCGGCAGCCCCGGCUACAUCGCGCCGGAGAUUCUGCUGCGGCAGCGCUACGGCGUUGACUGCGACUGGUGGUCUGUUGGCGUCAUCAUGUAUGAGAUGUUGUACGGCAUUCCGCCCUUCUUCUCGCAUGAUCAGAACACGACGUGCUACAAGAUCACGCACUGGCGGGAGUACCUCGUGUACCCCACCGACCGCGGCGUGCCGGAUGACGCGGUGGACUUCAUGCAGCACCUCAUGUGCGACCCGAAGGAGCGGCUGGACUUUUCUGGCAUCAAGGCGCACCCGUUCUUCUUCGGCAUGGACUGGGACCACCUGCGGGAGAUGAGGGCGGCAUACAUCCCGGAGCUGUCGAACCCGCUCGACACGCAGUACUUCCCGGAUAUUGAGGAUGGUGCCGUGCAGCAGCGGCUCGACGAGCGCAACGCUGUGCGGGAGGUGGACCCACGGGGCGUCAUCUUCGCCGACUACAAGUUCGACCUCACGCGUUGA